GCACGCGCAGAACGCAGGCCGGCGCGGGCGGCCGCAGAGUACACGCCACAAUGAGCCGCUACGGACGUAUUAGAACCGCUUCAGCUUUUACUAUUUUAACGCAAUUUGUUAUCGGUCACGCUUAUAUCAACACUUUCACUCCUGUUGCAAUUUCGGAACGUGGUGUGCCCAUAGAGAUUAAGUACUGGGACUCGAAAAGAACACCCUUAUCGCAUAUGGUCGAUGUUACAAAUGAGUUUGGCUUAAAAGUUUUGGCCGAACAUAAUUUUUUAAAUGAAAAUAAUGUUGCGUUCUCCCCGUACGGACUUAUGGGGAUAUUAGUGGCUCUAUUUGAAGGUGUCGAUGGUGAGUCCUCGUUCCAAAUACAACGAGCAAUGCAACUGCCGUGGAAUAGAAAUAUUAUGAGGAUCGGUUUCAGAGAUAUACACCGUAAUUUAAAGACCUAUUUCAUCCCAGAAGAAGGAUUUUUAGCCGGAUUAGCAUUAAAUAACGAAAACGUCACAUUUACGGAUGGCUAUAGAAAAAUAUUAAGGUUUUAUGGAUUUGAUCUUGAAGAUGAAAAUGCACCAACUCCAGGUACAAACAAAACAUUCAAUGAAACUUCUACAAUCACAACUACUCCCAAAGAAAACACUUUUUCUACAACACCAAUAGUCCCAACUGAAGGCAUUACUAACAGCGAGACGACGGUUUCAUCUACUAUGAGCAAUAUAAUGAGUACAGAAGAAACGACUACAGAACCUCGAGAAAGUCCAACAACUUCAACUACAACAAGUAAGGAAACAACCAAUGAUAUAACAAUACAGAGUACAGAAUCAGAUAUACAAACUACCACAGAACCGAUAACAGUAACUGUGUCUUCAAUAGAUGCUAGUGAACCAAGCGAACAAACUACAAUAUCAUCGACGGCGCCCAGUACUUUACCAACAAUAACACCAAUGAAUACUGAAUCUAUUAAUAGAGAGGUUGAUAUUAUCUCAACACAAAUAACAAAUCCAUCUGAAUCUAAUACCAUGCUAUUAACAUCCACAACAACUGAAGACAUGUCAAGUGCCUCAACAAUAACGACAUCUGAAUCUAAUACCAUGCUAUUAACAUCCACAACAACUGAAGACAUGUCAAGUGCCUCAACAAUAACGACAUCUGAAUCUAAUACCAUGCUAUUAACAUCCACAACAACUGAAGACAUGUCAAGUGCCUCAACAAUAACCACUUUAGAUUCAUCUUCAACACAAAUAACCGAUUCUAUCAUAGAAACGCUUGAGCGGCGUAAAAAAUCGAUUGUAGACUUUACAUUCACAAGCCCCCCGAAUUUUGAUGAAGCAGUAUAUAGAUCUUUUGAUAUUGGUUCAGAUUCAGUCCCAAGUUUUGAAGGAGAUAAAGACUUUUUAGCAAAUGGGCUACGCAGUAUUCAGGUUUCUUACAUGCACUACGAUACAGUAUUGGAGUAUGCCUUCUUACCUCAUUUGGAGGCAGCUGCACUUCGUCUGCCGUUAGAUAGUGACCGAUAUUAUUUGCUGGUCGUUUUACCUAUAAGGCCCGGCGCCGGAGAGUUGGGGAGAUUACUGGGACGUAUGGCGAGAGAGUCUGACCUUUCAGAUGUUUAUGCCGCUCUAAGACCCAGAAGAGUGAAAGCAAUUGUGCCAAGUUUUACCGUCAAAGGUCACGUUAUAUUAACUACAGAUUUACAAAAACUUGGAAUCCGGGAUGUUUUUGAGCCUCGACAAAGAGACUUUACACCGAUGACUCCUCAAACAGGAGUUUAUGUGCGAUCCAUAGAGCAAGCCGUAUCUGUUGCUAUAAGAAAAUAUCAGCCGGAUGAAGUAAAACAAGGAUUCGUGACCAAGAGGAACCCAGUUGUGUUUUCAGCAACAUACCCCUUUUUGUACUUUGUGAUGGACGCGAAUAUUAAUGUUGCAUUAAUGGCCGGAAAACUGAUGGAUCCACUGAAUACAAGAAUAUUAUAAC